AUGUCUGAAGUACAAGGAACGGUGGAGUUUUCUGUAGAGCUACAUAAGUUUUAUAAUGUGGAUCUCUUUCAGAGAGGGUAUUAUCAGAUCCGAGUGACCUUAAAGGUGUCCUCAAGGAUUCCCCACCGGCUGAGCGCCUCCAUCGUUGGGCAGACAGACAGUGGCGGCCUGCGCUCAGCCUGCAUCCACGAGAGCACCGUGCACAGCCGGGUCUUCCAGAUCUUGUACCGGAACGAAGAGGUGCCCGUCAAUGAUGCCGUGAUCUUCCGGGCUCAUUUGCUCCUCGAUGGUGAAAGGGUGGAAGAGGCGCUAAGUGAGGUCGAUUUCCAGCUCAAGGUGGAUUUGCACUUUACCGACAGUCAACAGCAGCUGAGGGACGUGGCCGGGGUGCCUGUGAUCAGCAGCCGCGUGCUGGGCCUGCACUUCCACCCGCGGAGAGGCCUGCACCACCAGGUCCCCGUCAUGUUCGACUAUUUCCACCUGUCGGUGGUCUCGGUGACCGUCCACGCUGCCCUGGUGGCCCUGCAGCAGCCCCUGAUCAGUUUUACUCGUCCAGGAAGAGGCCCCUGGCUCGGUAAAGGUGGCCCAGACACAGGACCAGAACAGUCCAGCCUCUCCCUGGAAAAUCUGGUCUUUGGAGCGGGAUACUGCAAGCCGACUUCCUCAGAGGGGAGCUUCUACGUGCCUUCCGAGAACUGCAUGCAGCACGCGUACAAGUGGCACCGGGAACUGUGCUUCCUGCUCUUACACGCCUACCGGGGACUCCGCGCCUACUUCCUGACCAUCAUGAGAGACGUCCCGGGGCUGCCACACAUGGAGCUGGAGUCGCUUGCUGUGGAAGAAACACUCUCUCAGCUGUGCUCAGAGCUGCAGAUGUUGAAUAACCCAGAGAAGAUAGCUGAGCAGAUCAGUAAGGACCUCACCUGGCUGGCCUCCCACCUGAUGGCUCUGUGGACCCAGUUCCUGGACACAGUGACACUGCACUCCCAAGUGACCACGUAUCUCACCCAGGAACAUCACACCUUGCGGGUCCGAAGGUUUUCCGAGGCCUUCUUUUACAUGGAGCACCAAAAACUGGCAGUCCUGACCUUUCAGGAAAAUCUGAUACAGACCCACAGCCAGCUGUCUCUGGACAUCAGGAAUUCGGAGUACCUCACCACCAUGCCCCCGCUGCCCGCAGAGUGCCUGGACAUUGAUGGCGACUGGAGCACCCUGCCUGUCAUCUUCGAGGACAGAUACGUGGACUGCCCUGCCACAGGGCAUCAUUUGAGUGUCUACCCUAAUUUUGAUGUCCCAGCCAUAAGUCCUGCAAUAACGAAUCUGAAGGACAGCGAGGAGAACCAUAUUGGAAGUAGAGAUGCAUCUGUGAGAGAAGACCCAGUUCUGCCCACCAGGAAGCCACCCCCAAAGAACUCUGAUGAAGAGGUUGUUAGGUGUCCAGAGCCAGAGGAGAAUGUCCCCACACCGAGUCACGUGGACAUGUGCUCUGAGUCUCAGGUGUAUCUGACCAUUGGUGAAUUCCAGAACAAGCCAGGAUUGCCUGAAGCUGAACAUUGGCCUGGCCAAAGGUCCGAUGUUGGAAGGCAUCUGCUGGCGGAUGAGGACCUGCCCAGAAGCAGUCUUGGCCCCGAGGACGGCCAGGCCCCAGCAUUGACCUACAUCGACGUGCAAUCGAGCAGUAAGAACACCUGCAGCGCUGAACCCACCGUGGUCACCAGUGCUCCGCACGAGCGCGGGUGCUGGCUGAGUAACUCUGAAUUACACAGAGCGGAGCUGAGCCAAGGGGGAGGAGGCGGAAGUCGUCAAAAUGCCACCUCUUCUGAGAAGACCACGCUGCGUGAGUUAAGUCCUCUAGGAAAGGGGGCGGACCCCGGGAGUAAGAUGGUGCUGCUAAGCCUGAGGCUCGUGCCCUCGGAGCCCUGUGAUCCACUAAACCCUUCUCUGAGGGACCCCGUGGGCAUGCGGGCUUCCCCACGGGACGGCCCCGCAGAGGAGCAGGAGGAAGGGCCAGUGCUGUCCGGAGCCAUCGAGAGAUCCUCUUCCGUCAUCUCCGAUUCAGGCAUCGAGAGCGAGCCAAGCUCCGUGGCCUGGUCCGAGGCCCGGAGCCGAGCCCUGGAGCUGCCUGGCGAUCGGGAGGUCCUGCACCAGCUGGUCCGAAGACACGCCUUCCACAGGAACUCCCUGGAGGGCGGACACACGGAGAGCAAUACGAGUCUGCCCAGCGGGAUCCAGGCCUCUCUCACCUCCAUCAGCUCUUUGCCCUUUGAGGAGGAGGAGCGGGAACUGGCGCGCACCAAAUUGACCAAGUCCGUGUCUGCCCCCCAGAUCAGUAGCCCGGAGGAGUCUGCUGAAGAUGCGGACACCACGCAGCCAGGCGGGGGUCUCGCUGAAACCCCAGCGGAGGACAGCGAGAGCCGCGAUCCCUCGGGACCCUGCCUUCCGCUGACUGGCGGCUCUGGAAGCCAGGAUGCUGGGGUUGAUCAUUUGCUUGCGGAGGUAGUUUCAGACGCCAGCAACCAGCAGGGCCCUGGCUACAUAGACACCCCCAAAGGGAAAGAGAAGAAGGUCUAUCCUCAAGAACCCUGUUGUCUUGAUGGCAGGACUGAUAACCCUCCAGGUGUUGAAACCAAAGGUCUUAGUUUAAAAAUACCACCCAUCUUAGCGCUUGAAAACCCGAAGAACCGACCUUUCCCUGGAGCGCCUGUGGAGGCCCCGAAGGGCAGGCCUGAAGAUGCUAACAUGGGGGAGAGCCCUCUUCCCAACAGCGGUAUCUUGGAUGCUGAGACUUUCACCCACCAUAAGGUGCCUGAGGUGAGCAGCACAUCAGCUGCCAACACCGUCGACCUGGAUUCAACCAGCGAGCGAGGCAGCUCACCUUGCACUGCUGAUGAUACAGUGCUUAGGAGAGGCGCUCACACCUUCCCGGAAGAUGGACGUGAAGAGGGCCCUGCGUGCUCCCCUGUGUCACAUUCCCUUCACCCCCAAAGUACGGGGAACCAGGAGCCCAGGGCAGGCCCUUCCACCGUGAUCUCACACUUGGCCUCCGCAGAGACCUUCCCCCUCGACAGCCUGAAAGCGGUCGAGGUCGUCAACUUAUCUGUGUCUUGCACUGCCACCUGCCUCCCUUUCUCGUCUGUGCCCAAGGAGACCCCGGCCAGGGCUGGCUUCUCUUCCAAACAGACUGCGUCUCCCAUCACUCAUCAGCCUCUGGGGUCCUUUGGAGUUGUGCCCACCCAUCCCAGCAAGUUGGAGGAGGAAGUCAGUGAGCGGAUGUUCAGUUUUUAUCAGGCCAAAGAAAACUUUAAAAAAGAGCUGAAGAUUGAUGGAUUUCUGUACAGUGACUUAUCUGUACUAGCUUCUGACAUACCGUAUUUCCCACCAGAGGAAGAGGAAGAAAAUUUGGAAGAUGGGAUUCACCUGGUUGUCUGUGUCCAUGGCCUGGAUGGGAACAGUGCAGACCUGCGGCUGGUAAAGACCUUCAUAGAACUGGGGCUCCCUGGAGGAAAGCUGGACUUCCUAAUGUCAGAAAAGAAUCAGACGGACACGUUCGCGGAUUUCGACACCAUGACGGAUCGGUUACUGGACGAGAUCAUCCAGCACAUCCAGCUGUACAACCUCUCCAUAGCGCGAAUUAGCUUCAUUGGCCACUCCCUUGGCAACAUCAUCAUCCGGUCGGUCCUCACGCGGCCUCGCUUCCGGUACUAUCUGAACAAACUCCACACCUUCCUGUCGCUGUCCGGGCCCCACCUGGGGACCCUGUACAACAACAGUACCCUGGUCAGUACAGGCUUGUGGCUCAUGCAGAAACUGAAGAAAUCCGGGUCCCUCUUGCAGCUGACCUUCAGGGAUAAUGCCGAUCUGCGCAAGUGUUUCCUCUACCAACUAAGCCAAAAAACAGGUCUGCAGUAUUUUAAAAACGUCGUGCUGGUUGCUUCUCCCCAAGACCGCUACGUGCCCUUUCAUUCAGCCAGGAUCGAAAUGUGUAAAACUGCCCUCAAGGACAGACACACAGGACCCGUGUACGCAGAGAUGAUCAACAACCUCCUGCGCCCCCUGGUGGACGCCAAGGACUGCACUUUGAUUCGACACAACGUGUUCCAUGCCUUGCCCAACACUGCCAACACCCUGAUUGGCCGCGCGGCUCACAUCGCUGUGCUGGACUCCGAGCUCUUCCUGGAGAAGUUCUUCUUGGUGGCGGGACUCAACUACUUCAAGUAGCGGCGCGGAGGGAGCGGGC